AAACCUUCCUCGGACUUCUUCCCUCAAUCGGCAUGUAAGGGCUCAUACUGCGGAAAAAAACUACGAAUGCCAGCACUGUGGGAAAGCCUUCAUUGACUUUUCAAGUCUGAGCAGCCACCUGAGAAGUCACACUGGAAAGAACCCACAUAAAUGCACAGAGUGUGGGAAAUCCUUCAGCUAUUCCUCAACAUUCCGCAGACAUAUGAUAACACACACUGGGGAGAAGCCAUACAAGUGUAAAGAGUGUGGGGAUGCCUUCAGCUAUUCCUCCACACUUCGCAGACACAUGAUAUCACACACAGGAGAGAAGCCACACAGAUGCAAGGAGUUUGGGGAGGCCUUCAGUUACUCCUCCGCAUUUCAAAGGCAUGUGAUCAUGCAUACUGGUGAGAAACCACAUGAGUGUAAACAAUGUGGGAAAACCUUCAUUUAUCUCCAAUCCUUGCGAAGACAUGAGAGGAUCCACACUGGAGGGAAACCAUAUGAAUGCAGGGAGUGUGGGAAAGCCUUCAUUUAUCCCCAAUCCUUUCAAAGACAUGAAAGGACUCAUGGUAAAGAGAAGCCCUAUGAAUGUACCCAGUGUGGGAAAACCUUCAGUCAUCCCUCAUCUUUCCAAGGGCACAUGCUUGUGCACACUGGAGAGAAGCCCUAUGGUUGUGAGCAGUGCAGGAAAACAUUCAAUUGGCCUAUAUCCCUACGGAAACAUAUGAGAAUACACAGCAGAGAGAAACCCUAUGAGUGUGUCCAGUGUGGGAAAGCCUUCAGUUUGUCAGCUGCCUUUCAAGACCAUGUCAGAAUGCACCCCGAGGACCAGUCCUAUCAGUGCAAGAUUUGUGGGAAAGCUUUCUAUUGCCACAUAUCCUUACGAAAGCAUAUAAGACACACUGCAGAGAAACUCUGCAAAUGCAAGGAAUGUGGGAAGGCCUUCAGUUGGCCUGAACUUCUACAGCAACAUGUGAGAACCCACACUGUAGAGAAGCCCUGUGAAUGUAAGGAAUGUGGGAAAGUCUUCAAAUGGCCAUCAUCUUUACCAGUACACAUGAGACUGCAUACUGGAGAGAAACCAUAUCAGUGUAAGACAUGUGGGAAGGCCUUCAAUUGUUCCUCUUCACCAAGGAGACACAUGAGGAUACACCCUGCAGAAAAGCAAUAUCAAUGUGAUGGGGACAUCCUUCUAAACGUGAAUUCAUGUACAGUGUUCCAGAAAAAUGCACCCCAGGACAACACCUUAUAAAAGUUUUAAAUAUGGCCUUGCCUCAGUGAGUACCUCAGCCUCAUGAUAGACACAGAAGAGUGUAUAGUUUCAUUUACAAAUAAAUAUUUACAUAAAAAAUAAUUCCCCAUGGCUGAAUAUGAUGGUGCAUGCCUGUAAUCGCAACACUUGAGAAGCUGAGGCAAGAGUUCUUGAGUCCAAAGUCAGCCUGGGCUACAUAGUGAGUUUAGCACAUUUCUUCUAGCUUGGACCACUAGUGGUACAUGCGUAACUGUCCAUUGGGUGACUUGUACCACCAAAUGGGUCUGUCCCAUGCUGCCUGAUGAGACAGUCAUGCAUAUACUACUGGUUGUUUAGAGCUGCCUGGCAGCUGGAUAUACAAAUUAUGGCCCUGUCUCAAAUCUGACCAGGCCAGCCUGGACCACAUACACCUAUCUCAAAUAACCAAAUAAUAAUAGUUAAAGCAUAUUCAAAAUAUGCCUUUUCCUUACAGUUCAAUAAAUGACACAUCUUUAUGGUUUAUUGAA